AUGUUUGACACUUCAAGAAGUUCAGUUAUAGAAGCUAGCAUAUUAAAAGUACGCAGUGCCUCCUUCGGCAGAUUGCUUUAUCACCACUGCAAAAAAACCAUGUCAAGUGAGGUGACAACGAAUGACAUAGAGAUGGAAAAUCCCGAUCCUGUGGUAUCUGAAACUGAAUUAGAAUCAGAAUCAGACGAAGAUGUGAAACUAACUGAACCUUCAAAGAAUGCUGUAAACAACAAAGAUGGCUUGCUCGAUAAACUUGGAGAUAUAAGCUGGCCUGACAAUGUUAAAUGGAUACACAAGCUUUUGAUCGAUAUCGAUCGGGAGCAAGAAAUCGAUGUAAAUGAUGACUUGACACGGGAGUUUGCUUUCUACACCCAGGCACUAGAGGGCACGAGGCAGGCUUUUGUGGAAUUUCAGUCAAUGGGGCUUCCUUUUCUUAGACCUUCUGAACACAUGGAGAAAGUUAAGAGCCAGCUGUUAAGUGAAGAAAGAAAGGUCGAGGAUGCUGAGGAGAGAAGGAAGGCGAAAGAAAAUAAGAAGUUAGCUAAAGAGAUACAGGCACAGAAGCUAAAGGAGAGGGGCAAGCAGAAGAAAGAAGAUAUAGAAUCUGUUAAGAAUUGGAGAAAGCAGAGGCAGCAGAGUGAAUUUGCAGGGGGAAAUAAAGAUGGUGACUUUGAUUUCGAUUUUGAAAAUGGAAAAGCGUUUGAGAGAUCAAAUAAGAAGAGGCCUGGGGUGGCUCAUGGAGAUUGUUCUGGAGGGAAGGCAAAACAGGGUGGCGGAAAGGGGAAGAAAGGAUUGGAUAUAAGGAAGAAUAGGGAAUUUAGGGAUUCCAAGUUUGGAUUCGGAGGGAAGAAAGGGUUGAAGAAGCAAAACACAGUUGAGACCACAAAUGAUACAAGAGUCUUCGGGAAAAGUAAAUUUUCUGGUAAUAAGAAACAGAAAAGGUGA